CAAUGCCUGCAAUGGCAGGCGGAUGCCCGAGGGUAAAUAUAUGAAAAUCGUCCACACAUAGUAGACAUCCGUCUACUUUGAGCCGGUGCCAUUACCCGGGGAUGGAGUCUGGGGUCUGGGGCUUCGGGACGUGAGGCCAAGUCUGGGGCUGUCUAGAUGACGGGGGUCUGUGUGCCGACGGUUGCCUGAUCGGAGACAAGGAGAUACACUCGGCGGACAGUGCCCCGGCCUUGCAACGCGAAUGAAGUCAUCCGGAACUCUAGAAUACGUACGAAGACCAAAACAGAAAAGGGAAUCCAUCGGAUUGGCCCAUAUAAAGCUCUUGGGAUUCUUCUCUGCUUGUCAUUAUACAGACAUUUCUAUUAUUUUCACGAGUAACGUUACAAUAUGGCCCCCUCCGCCGAGUUACCGGGCCGUGAAGCCCUCGCCGCUCGAGUCGUUCCUAGUAUGGUGUUCAGCGAUGGCAGCCUUUCCUCCAUGACUCCCCCACCCCAGCCCAGCCUGGAGAACGAUGCAACAAAGGGCGCACAGAAGAGAUUUACCGUGCAAGGCAACGCAGUCGUUACCGGCGGAGCUGGCACUCUGGGGUUACAAUCCUGCGAAGCCCUGCUCGAGCACGGUUUGAACGGACUCAUGAUAUUCGAUGCGAACCCGACAAACGCACAGACGAAAAUCAAGGAGUUGCAAAAGAAAUUCCCCCACGCUCAAAUUGCCACGAUGCAAGUCGAUGUGACUGAUGAAGUGGCCGUGGAAGCUGCAAUGGAGACCACCACUCGGAUGCUCGGAUCAAUCGAUGCCUUGGUCUGCUUUGUCGGGAUUGUGGGCUGUGUGGAGACGCUGGAAAUGCCGGUUGGACAGUGGCGGAAGGUGAUUGAUGUGAAUACCACGGGAUCGUUCAUCUGCGCUCAGGCUGCGGCCCGACACAUGGUGGCGCAGGGCACUGGCGGCUCCAUCACCUUCAUUGCCUCCAUCUCUGCACACCGGGUCAAUUAUCCCCAGCCCCAGGCCGCAUACAAUGUGAGCAAGGCCGGGGUGCUGAUGCUGAAGAACUGUCUGGCUGCCGAAUGGGCGCGGUAUGGCAUCCGGACGAAUAGUAUCAGUCCUGGGUAUAUGGAUACGAUCUUGAAUGAGGGUGAUGGGAUUGCUGAACACCGGAGGGUGUGGGCGGCACGUAACCCCAGUGGAAGAAUGGGUGCUCCGUCGGAGCUGACGGGCGCGGUGGUGUUGUUGGUGAGCAGUGCGGCGACUUAUAUUAAUGGGACGGAUCUUGUUGUGGAUGGGGGAGGUCUUGUGCUUUGAUUUGAGUAGUAUGCUGCUGAAACCAUAGAAUCAAUCAAUCAAUCGGAGGGCUCCUGGAGAAGGGGAGCGCUUAGCGCCUCCCGGUCCCUCUCCCUGCUGCCACUCCACUAGUCUACCUCUUCAUCUCUCAUCUCUUCAUGCCAGUAU